AUGAAAUAAAUCCUAUACAAAAGUUGGAUCUAGGAGGGAGGUUCCAUUAAUAUUUAAAAUUAAUUAGAAUUAUUCAUGAAAUUGUUCAUAAUCCUGCUACUAUCAUUAAUAAUGAUGAGAAAAUGUUGUAAAAAUAAUGAAGAAAGAAAGAAAUCAAUAAUUAGAGGAAAUUAUAGAAAUGUGCUGCAGUUAAAUGGUGGAGCUAUUAUAAGUUCAAGAAAAAUGAACUAUUUUUUUGAAGGCUGUUUAACUUCAUUAUGUUUGAGAGAUUCUAUCUAUAACACUGAUUGGAAUAAAGGAUAUUAUGCAUGCAAUCAAUAUAAGUCAAUUAUUAUAGAUCUUUUUCAACCUUACUAAUUGAAUACUAUUAAGCUUAGAAUUUGGGAUUUAUAAUUAACAAGAUACUACAAUAUGGAGGUUUAUCUCAUUUAUGAGGGUAUAAAAACACUAAUUUAUAAGUCAAUAACACAAAGUGUGGUUACUAUAAAAUUUAUAGAUUAAUUUGUGCAAUAAAUAGAAUUAUAUAAUAGAAAUGGAAAUACUGUUCAUUCGAAGCUGGAAAUAAUUAAAAUUGAAGCUUUUUAUUAGUUAUGA